AAACGAUUCUCAUUCACACAACACAACCCGUGCCGAUGUGCCGAGUAGGAGGCCACAGAAUAAUCUGAGAUCCCCACACUUUCGUACUUUGUAUCAGCCAUGGUUGUUGAGGCUAUCCCAGACGACACCCGUUAUCUUGCUCUAUGCGCUAUCGUCACUAUUGCAAUGCAGACUUCUUUCUUUAUUGUGGCUGCAUCGUGCAAAUUCGACAAAGUCACUGACUUUGCUGGUGGGACGAACUUCGUUGUGCUUGCUAUUUUGACGUUUUGUCUCGCUCAGACAUAUGCUGACCGUCAAAUAAUGGUAACCGUAUGUGUUACUAUAUGGGGCUUGAGGCUCUCAGGCUACCUUCUCUACCGUAUUAUCAAGAUUGGUGAAGACAAGCGUUUUGAUGAUAAGCGGGAGAACUGCUUGGCAUUUGCAGGUUUCUGGGUUUACCAAGCAGUGUGGGUUUUCACCGUUAGUUUGCCUGUCAUGAUGGUCAAUGCACCUCUAAGUAAAAACUUGGUACCAUUAGGGGCAGCAGACUAUGUGGGCGUGGCUAUCUUUGCCAUUGGUCUGUUACUAGAGGCUGUCGCUGACCAGCUUAAAUUCAACUUCAGGAAUAACCCUGCCAAUAAAGGCAAGUGGUGUACAGUAGGACCCUGGUCCUGGUCUCGACAUCCUAACUAUUUUGGCGAGAUGUGCUGUUGGUGGGGUAUAUUUAUCAUCAGCUGCAGCAUCUUGAUUGGUGGCGAGUGGGCAGCAGUGCUAGGGCCUAUAUUCUUGAUGGCUAUCUUGCUGUUUCUUAGCGGCAUCCCCUUACUGGAGAAGAAGGCUGAUGAAAGAUAUGGAAACCUUGAAACAUACAGAGAGUACCGAAUUCGCACCAGCCCCCUCAUCCCUCUACCCCCGCCGCUGUACGCGGCUCUGAACAACAUCUUGAAAGCUAUCUUUUGCUGUGAGUUCCCCCUGUACAACCAUCUCAAGGAUGAGCCCGGAGAGAACUCAUACAUCAAGCAACAAGAAUCAUCCGGCACCAGUCAACCUCAAACUGCAUAAUUUGACAUGCAAACCAAUCAUAUAAGCAAUUGUAGUUUUUUUGUUUGUUUUUUAUUUAAUAGAAAAUUACUGAUCAAAAUCAACAGGUUGGUGAACCCCAAAUAUAAAUAAUCAACUCUUGUAAAUUGACAGUUUCCUGGCUUUAAGAAAGUAGAAUGGUUGCAUAACUUCUAGUGGGUAUACACGCACAACAACUACAUUGUAGAAUUGAUCUGUUGUUUAUAUGUAAACAGCUUGUUUAUCUUUUUUGAUGCUGAACAGAAUCAUCAACAGGCUCUGCUAAGGAGUAAAUCACAUGAAACCCUUUAUAAAAAUAUAACUUAACCUAAGUGAUUCUUUUGUAUUUACUUUUUUGCAUUGAAUCUCUUCAUUUUUUUUAUACUGUUCAAAAGAUCCAUGACAUUUGGCCUGGGGGAAAUUAUGCUCAAGUUUUAUAAAAACAUUGUUUCAUACUCACGAGAAAACCAAAGAUCAGCUAAAACAAUAACCAUAGACUCAUAUUAAGAUCUUAUUUUAUCUGUCAAAGUUGAAUAACUAAAUGGUAAUGUAGUUUAGUUAUUGAUAAUUGCAAGUAGGGGGCAGCACAUAUCUAAUAAACAUUUUAAGAAUGUUUGUCAGAAACCUCUUUGUUAUGGUUAAACAUUUGAAAGUACAAUUAAUAAUGAAUUUG